AUGACCAAUCCCCAUCAUACGGCAGUGAAAAAUAGCAUGAAAAAGAAGAAAUUGUCCUCUGCCCAUAUUGUGGCAGCCAGCAGUGUUACCCUACCUCCUGAUGUCAGUCCAUCGGGUAGCAGUGAUAGUAUAAUGCGUGAACGUUUGGCCCCGCCAGCAAUAAGUACCACACCACCAGCUGUUAGUAUGGAAACAACAGAAGACGAUUCCGAUUCGGGAUCAACAGAUGCCCGCCGCAAAAAGAAGGCAAGAACCACUUUCACCGGACGGCAAAUAUUCGAAUUGGAAAAACAAUUUGAAAUUAAAAAGUACCUUAGUUCUAGUGAACGAACAGAAAUGGCGAAGCUGUUAAAUGUCACCGAGACGCAG